AUGGUAACUUGGUAAUAAGUAACCAACACAGCUAACCAUUUUACAUCACGCUUUUAACGAAGAUGGUCGGUGUCUUAUCCGCGGCGGUGGCCCUCGUGUUCCUGUGGGGAUCAGUGGUGGGCGGGGCGAAGGACAACACAUUGGAAAGCCGGUUUGAGUACGAGUACAAAGUACUGCAGAAGCUGAUCGUGCUGGAGAUUGAAAAAACGGAGCUGCGUGGCAUGGUCACAGCCCUCGAAACUAGACUAGAAGAGGCAGAAACAGUGAUGCGUGCUCUGAAUGCGACGGUUCGAGACGUUGCAAUCGGAAGUACGUAUAUCAGAUGGGGGAGGAAGACUUGUCCAACAGAAACUGGAGCUCAGCCGCUCUAUGACGGAUUCGUUGGUGGCACAUGGUACGCUCAUUCCGGAGGAGGCAACACUUAUCUAUGUUUGCCACGGGAUCCUGUGUUGGAAGAUAUUCACGGGGGUGAGAGGAGCUACAUCUACGGAGCUGAAUAUCAAACGUCUGGAACGAUUUGGAGCGAAAUGCAUGACAACGACGUACCCUGUGUUGUAUGCAUCACACCAAACACCAACGUCGUCAUGGUUCCUGCCAGGAACAUUUGUCAUCCGGGAUGGACAUUAGAAUACGCGGGUUAUUUGAUGGCGGAGAAGCAUGAUCACAAUGCUAAGAACUAUGUAUGUAUGGAUGAUAAACCCGAAGAUAUAGACGGAAGUCGCGGCGAUCAGAACGGGGCGCUGUUCUACUUUGUUGAGGCUUCGUGCGGAUCCCUCCCCUGCGAUCCGUACAAAAAUGGAUUUGAGCUGACUUGUGCCGUCUGCAGCUUACCGCUUGUAAACUAAUUUGUAAGAUUACAUUGCACACCCCUGCAGGUGUAAAAUCUCAUUGAGAUGUUAAUUACGUUGUCUAUUCAACUUUGUUUUUGUCUGUUUGAAAUAUUUUGUCAAAUAUUGAAACUAAUAUAAUACAUUCUGUACGAAUUUUUUAUAUAUAACAUAUACAUAAACUUCAAGUGUGUUCCAUCUUGAAAAGGGUUGAAAGAACGUCCAGAAUAAGUUUGUAUUUAUAUGAAUGUAACUAGACUGAAAAGCAAAUUAGGCGUAUCUUUUUUGAUGGCAUAACAAAAUGUCAUAUUAAUACGUGAUUAGCAGACCACGGACUUUAUGAUGGAAAGGUCCUAUCAAGCCCUGGAAGUAGACUGAAACUUUAAACAGACGUCAUUUUCUUUUUAAUGAAUGUUUUCAAAUACACUGACAUAAACAAUACUAAUUCAACGGAAGUGCAUGUACUUAUAUUCUUGAUCAACUGUAUUUAUUUGUAUAUGUAUUUUCAUCAAAUAAACCUUUCUUAACUUUAA